AUGGCAGCAUCAGCCGGGUUGAUUGUGUUGGGGAUGGUGGCAGUGUCUCUGCUCGACGGCUCUCACGUCCGUCACACCGAGCUUGGCUUGGCAGGCGUUGCGAACCCUGUGAAGUUCAAGAUCCUAGCGAAAGACCUGCAGAAGGCUCAGUCCAAGUUGCAGAAGUUCCUCAACGGGCUCGACGUUCAGAAGGCAGGGUCCAUCCGCGGAUCAGUUGCGACCGACGAGAUGGAGGCGAGCGCAAUCAUCAACGGCAACGGGGGGGACAUGGAGAAGAAUAUGGCGAAGCCUUUCAGCGAGGUGGACGGGGCGCACUCGGAUCCUUCGGGAGUCGCGUCAGCCAUCAUCAAGCAAGUAGACAAGGAUGACAUCGACGUGACGGGCAAGGCAGGAGCGAUGAACUAUAAGAAGAUCUUGAAGGAGGCCUCCAAGGACGACCCCCUCGGAGCCGCAUGGCUCAGGGGGUCUCUACCCAACUACGAUGCGGAGGCUAGCUUCAUCACCAAAGAUGUGUCAGGAAACUUCGAAAAAGAGCUUGAGAAUGAUCCCGUCAUCAAGGUUGCUGGAGGCAAGACAUCAGCGAGGGUGGUAGCAGACGCGAUAGUAGACGAGGCGACCAAGGACAAGAACGACGUUGACUGCACAGGAGUUGUCGACGGCUCCGGCAUCCAUGGUAUCGGCCAUGGAUCUCCUCCAUGUACCACCAUGUCCGAAGUUGUGAAAAGCGAGGAUUGA